AUGGCCCAAGACGCGACUGGCUCCAAGUACGUGACGAUUGUCUCUGAAGAAGGUUUCCGGUUUAUCAUUCCGAAGCAAGCGGCAGUCCUGUCGAAUACACUCAAAGACAUGCUUUCAGAUGACAUUGGUAUGCUGGAGGCUGAAUCUGGGGUGGUCAACCUGAUGCAUUCGGCUCCGGUAGUCGAAAAACUGUGCCAUUACCUGCUUUUCAGACAUCAUCACAUUACGACACCAGAUGCCCAAUCUGCCGUCAAAGGAUCCGCUCAUAACUUCGACGACCAGAUCCCCAUAGAGCUAGCACUCCAACUACUGGAAUGCGCUGAUUUCUUAGACAUAUAA